CCUGCGCCCCUCCUCCGUCUUCCUUCCUUUCUCUUCUUCCCCCGACAGCGAACUCGGGAGCCGGGACUCGCAACCGAGAAGAAGGGGAGAACUCGGCGAGCCGAGGGGAGAAGAACCCGAAGGGGGUCUUUAAUCAGCGAUCGAAGAAGGUGGGUACAGGAGCAAGCCAGCCCGCCGCCACCAUGAGGCGCGCCUCGAAGAAGUCGUCGUCGUCCGCCGCGACCGCCAGCGCUGGUGCGGAACAAGUAAAUGAAAAACAAAACAGAAAAAGAAAAGGAGUCAGUACAAACCUGACCAGCAGGAAAGCACAACGUGGCCCUACUAAAGCAGUUUCCAAGGAAGUUGAACGGAUUGAUCAAUUUUUCUAUACUUAUGCUGAUAACUCAUCUGGCAUGAUUGACCCAGAAGGCAUUGAAACACUCUGUUCUCAUCUCGAAGUUCCCCAUACCGAUGUUAGGAUUCUAAUGCUAGCAUGGAAAAUGGGCUGUGAGAAGCAAGGUUACUUUACCUUGGAUGAGUGGCGAACCGGUUUGAAAGCUCUUCGAGCUGACAGUAUCAGUAAGCUGAAGAAAGCAUUCCCAGAACUGGUUCAAGAGGUUACAAGGCCAACCAAUUUCCAGGAUUUCUACACAUAUGCAUUUCGUUAUUGCCUCACAGAGGAUAAGAAGAAGUGUAUAGAAAUUCCAGUUGCUUGUGAGUUGCUGAAUCUAGUAUUAGGCUUGCAGUUCCGCCCCCAGGUUGACAAGCUUAAUGAUUACCUCAAGUACCAAAAUGACUACAAGGUGAUAAACAUGGACCAAUGGAUGGGAUUUAUUCGGUUCUGUAAUGAGAUAAACUUCCCAUCACUCGACAAUUAUGAUUCGGACCUUGCUUGGCCUUUGAUUCUAGACAAUUUUGUUGAGUGGCUACGAGAAAAUAAAAGUUAGAUCUUCUAUUGCUGCUGUUGUGAAGAUGUCAUCCAAAAUCACCCUGAAGGCUUCGGAGGAUGCAGAUUCAGCUGUUUAUAAUUGCUUUGGUGGAGGCUGGCUCCAGAAAAUCAUCAAUCACCUUCUUGUGUCGCCUUUUGAUUCUGCGCGUUUUUGAAACUGGAAACGGUCUGCGCAUAUGUCUACAAGUUUUGCACCAUCAUGCUCUAUUUGUGUUGGACUGUUGGUUAUGUUGCGUUAAAUCGGUCCCACUCCUAGUUUUGAGA